GUGUCUGCCUAUUUCUCCUUUGGCGACAUCAUAUACAGUAUACACACAUGAACAUGCAGUCAUUACUUGCCUAUUGCCAUUCGCACCCCCCAAUCACAGGCAUCUUGCUUUCUACCAACAAAGGAAUAUGAGAAAGAGAGGAACAUGGUCAACUUUCUUAACCUCUCACUAAAACAAAAGAUUAUGAGAUUAUAAUGAACACACAAUCCAUUUUAUAAAUGCAAUUUAUAAGGGCCUAUAUUUUUCUAACAUUUAUCAUCUGUGGUUUCCGAGGCCUGUUGAUGUUGUUCAGUUUAUCAGCGCUUCCUUGCUUUCUUUACUAAAUUGUUAAGUUUGCCACACCUGAAUUACUUUCGCUUAUGCACUUUGUAAUGGUUGCCUGUAUUUGACAAUGUUUUCUGACAAUUAAUAACAUACACAUCCUCUUUCGAUCUUCAAAAUGUAUGCAUUAACACUCCACGUUCAUGCCUUGACACAAGGAAGGCCUACAGUGGGAUGUAACAAGGGGCUUUAGCGACACAGAAGCUGUGUACUGGGGUAGUACAGUCCCAUCAUAUUGUGUUGACUUGCAGGAUGAUUUGUAAAGUGGGUCUUUUACGCCUCCUUGGAGAUGUUAUCUGAGUCCAGGCUGUAUGAUCUGUCUCUUUCCUCCUACCUCUGCAUCAAUCAUAAAACAGCAGCAAUAUUAAGGGAACACUUGUGAGAGCUUUGGAGUGUGGAACAGGGUUGACGAUUGUGUCGAUCCAACUCUGCAGUCGCCCCACAACUCAAAUCUCCCCCGCACACUACAUUUUCUGACUGAGGGUCUGUUUGUCUCCGAUCCCAAGUCUCAAGUAGUGUUUUUCUUUACUUUCUAGUUAUGUGUCAAGAUGGAAAUGUGGGUCACUUGGAUCACAUAUCAUGUCAUAAAUGCAGAGAUGGUGCUUUCUUCUUCUGUUUUUUUUCAUAUUAAAUACAACGAUUUAUACUUGAACGAUCUAUACAGUACAUUCGAGAUAAAAUAUUGUGCUGGUGUCUGAAAAGAUUAUGAUGAGCGUUUAUUGUUAUUCCACAGUCUACAACAAACUCAUCCAAGCCUGCCUUUAUGAACCUUGUCAUGUUGGAAAAGAGAAUGACCUUGCCCAAACAGUUUCCAUAAAUUUGUCCAUAGUGUCUAGCACAAUCUCUGAUUAAUUAGCUAAUUAAUAAAGAGAUAUGGCCUAAUAUUUCAACUUGAAUUUAUAAAAAAAGUCACCCGCUUUCUACCUGUUUACAAGUAUAUUAAACUCUCAGAGCUGGAAUUUGAUCUAGUUCAUGACUUACUUACUUGGCCGUAGUAAAAACAUUAGUGUGUGUACGUGUGUGUGUGCGUGUGUGUGUGUGUGUGUGUGUGUGUGUGUGUGUGCGGGGGGUUUGACUGAAGGUGGUAGGAAGCUGAUGUUUUUUCAGCCAAGCUGCAAGGUAAAUGGGCGGUGUUAACGGGACCUCUAGGGGAAGAAAAAUGUUUUCCAAGGAGCUUUUAAACAUUUUGGAGUGGCAAUGAACUCUAAUGAAUGUGUGGCUGAGGCUCUCAAAUUUGAGAUAUCAGAGCACGGUACAGUUUUUUCUUUUAUGACUGCAAGAUGCUUUGGUGACAUCACACUGGAGACUGGAUUGUUUGGCCUUUAAACAAAUAACAAUGGCUACAACAGCUCUGACUGGAUUCUCCAUAAUGAGUCUUCUCAGCCUCGGAUACCUGACCUGGGAUUUUAAUGGUCCCAAUCAGGUGGAAAAUGAGCCAGGUCAGACUUUUGGCGGGGGAUCUCUUGGUCCAAAGCCUCCUCACAUAAUCUUCAUUAUGACAGAUGAUCAGGGAUUCAACGACAUAGGCUAUCACAGCUCAGAUAUAAAGACGCCGGUGCUGGAUAAGAUGGCUGCUGAUGGGGUGAAGCUGGAGAAUUAUUACAUCCAGCCCAUCUGCACUCCAUCCCGAAGCCAACUCAUCACUGGGAGGUACCAGAUUCACACAGGCCUUCAGCACUCAAUCAUCCGACCCCGCCAGCCCAACUGUCUACCCUUCCACCAUGUUACCCUGCCUCAGAGGCUGCAGGAGCUUGGCUACUCCACCCACAUGGUGGGCAAGUGGCACUUGGGCUUUUACAAGAAAGAGUGCCUGCCAACACGACGUGGCUUUGACACAUAUUUUGGCUCCUUGACCGGUAGUGUCAAUUACUACACCUACAAGUCCUGUGAUGGUCCGAGGCAAUGUGGUUUUGACCUCCACGAAGAUGAGACAGUAGCCUGGGGUCAGAAAGGAAAAUACUCCACCCAUUUGUACACACAGAGGGUCCGCAAAAUCCUGGCAAGCCAUGAUUCCCACUCUCAGCCACUCUUUAUCUACCUUUCCUUUCAAGCUGUUCACACACCAUUACAGUCCCCGCGGGAGUACAUCUAUCCGUACCGAGGGCUUGGCAAUGUGGCCCGCAGGAAGUACGCUGCCAUGGUCUCUGUGGUGGAUGAGGCGGUUCGGAAUAUAACAUAUGCCCUCCGUAAGUAUGGCUACUAUCAAAACAGCGUCAUCAUCUUUUCUACGGACAAUGGCGGACAACCAAUGUCUGGCGGAAAUAAUUGGCCACUCCGCGGGCGUAAAGGCACCUACUGGGAAGGUGGAGUCCGAGGCUUGGGAUUUGUCCACAGUCCUCUGGUGAGGAAGAAGAGGAGGGUGAGUAAAGCCCUGGUGCACAUCACUGACUGGUACCCCACACUGGUACGCUUGGCAGGUGGCAAUGAGUCUCUUACUAAGGGGGUGGAUGGAUAUGAUGUUUGGGAAGCCAUCAGUGAGGGGAAGGAGUCUCCCAGAUUAGAGAUCCUGCACAACAUUGACCCUCUCUAUAACCGCGCUCGCAGUGGCUCCCUGCAGAAGGGAUAUGGGAUUUGGAAUACAGCUGUGCAGGCCUCCAUCCGAGCUGGGGACUGGAAAUUGCUCACAGGAGAUCCUGGUUACGGAGACUGGACCCCACCCCAGAUGCUUCCGAGCUUCCCUGGCAGCUGGUGGAACCUCGAGAGGCACACUGAAACCAGGAAAUCGAUAUGGCUUUUCAACAUCUCUGGAGACCCCUAUGAACGUUUUGACCUCUCUGAGCAGAGACCAGAUGUUGUCAAAGAGUUGAUGGCAAGACUGGUGUACUACAACCGCACCGCCGUCCCAGUACGAUACCCAUCAGAAGACCAUCGGGCUGACCCUAGCCUCAAUGGUGGUGCCUGGGUUCCCUGGCUGGGAGACGAAGAAGAGGACAACUGGGGCUCCUUUUAUCCAAAGAAGAAUACAGACUGGAAGAAGAAGCUUCAACUGUCUCAUAGCAGGUCAUUUUUCAGGAGACUCAACACGAGAAUCAUGUCGAAUAGGAUAUGAAUAGAAGGCAUAAAUGAAUUUCACAGGUACGAUGUUUACCCACUAUUCGCAGGGGAUAUGGACCGAGCUCUGCCGUGAAAAGCAACAACGAGUAAUUGACACGCCCCUAAAAAGGUUUUUAAAUGAUUACAGAUGCCACAAAAUGGCAGCAAAGCACUACUUCUGUGUAAAUGUCACUCCUCAACUCACUUCAACAUAGUUUCUUGGCACCAAGAUGCCACAAGAUAGUGACAGAGAAUUGUUUGUCUCAAUGAAGCUCCUCAACUCACUUCAAUAUAGUUUCUUCUCAGCAAGAUGGCCCUAAAGUGCCACCACUGUGUUUAGAAAGAUAUUGUUUUGUCUUAUUGGAAGAUAGAUGCAAGUAUGUGAUUCAGGCUUCUUUUUUUGGAUUAAAAUGUUGGUUUAUCUGUUUACCGGACGUUUGGUGCAUUCAACACUAUUUCAUAAUUCUGAAGAAUGGAAACAGUAUUGCCUAGAACCUUGUGUUCAAACACAAUACAGAAUUCUCACCUGUUGCCCAGAGCCAGGCCCGUUUCCUUGUUGAGAUGAUACCAUUCAAUCAAUAUAUUAUAAUGUAUUAUUUUCUGUGUUAAUGUUUUCAUUGUAUAUUUUAUUUAAAGCCUUGUGUGUUUUGGCUAUAGACUCUGUUUUGUACUGCAGCUCUUUCACUGUACGGGAAGACCCUGCUACCUCAGCAAUGAUGUACGUUUUCCUAUCACGUAAAAUGUGAAUCUAUCGAUCUAUGAAGGGAAUCGUGACGGACAUCAGCACAGCCUCCGCUAAAUUACUUUGCAAUAGCUAAUUCCAAAUAUAUUUUCAUAUUCCUGUUGCAAAAAGGCUCCUGUUGUUUCUCAAUUUAUUAAUGUAUUGUAUAUGUGUCGUAUAUAUGUUGUAUAUGUUCAAUAUUGUGACAAAUACAAAGAAAGAUCAUUUUAAAAGAGUGAAACCAUCCAAUAUCUUUUUAAAGAUCUCUUAAAAUUAACAUUACAAGUUAAUCCAAUUUAAAACAUUUGUUUACAUUUAAGAUUACGUGUCAAAAUAAUGAU